CGAAGCCAAAACACAUAACAAAAUGCAAAAGUGUUGGUAAUGUGACAGAGGUUGGAGCCCUUGGAGGGAAGUAAGAAUAAUGCUUCAUUUCAUUCAGAAAUGCUUGCUUGAUUCUUAGUCUAACCGCCAACUUCUACUUUUCAAUCUUCAUUCAAUCUUCUUCUUCUUCUCCAUUUUCUCUCUCCUCCAUUUUCCUCAAGAUUAUGCAGCAACAGUAGCAGUAGCUGUAAUCGAGAAAAUGCAGCGGCGGCGCUUUUUCUCUCUCCUCCCUCGCCCACCCCUCCGACCACCGCCGCUAACUCCGCCGCAUUCUCUCUCUCUAAUCUUUUGUUGUUGCGACGAUUCCAAUUCUUCGUCAACUCCUGCCAAAUCGGGUGUUGAACAAGGGUUUCGAAGAAUUACUAAUACUAAUAUUUCUACCACAUUUUUACAAGGGUUUUUGUUGUCUAAUCCCUCCUCCAAAAGGGUUUCCCCCUUUUCCCAAAUUCCUAUUGAUUUUAGUCAUCAUCACCUUUCUUUUCAUCGAAAUUUUUUUACUAGAGCUAAAGAAGUUAAAAGGAUUGAAGUAACUGAUCAACACAGUCAGCGAGCUGUCACAACUGCAUUAUGGUGCAAUUUUCUUGUAUUUUCUCUCAAAUUUGGGGUCUGGAUGACGACUUCUAGCCAUGUUAUGCUGGCUGAAGUUAUACACUCUGUUGCGGAUUUUGCAAAUCAGGCGCUUCUUGCAUAUGGGUUGAGUAGUUCAAGGCGUGGUCCAGACGCUCUUCAUCCCUACGGUUACUCAAAGGAGAGAUUUGUCUGGUCCUUGAUAUCUGCUGUUGGCAUAUUCUGCCUUGGCUCGGGUGCAACAAUAAUUCAUGGAUUUCAACACUUGUGGGAUUCACAGCCCCCAGAACACAUUAAAUAUGCAGCCCUUGUUAUAGGUGGCUCCUUUAUUAUUGAAGGUGCUUCUUUGGUUGUUGCAAUACAUGCUGUAAGGAAAGGGGCAGCUGCUGAGGGAAUGAAGCUUAGAGACUACAUUUGGCGUGGACAUGAUCCAACUUCUGUUGCAGUCAUGACAGAGGAUGGUGCUGCAGUAACUGGCCUAGCUAUUGCAGGCGCUUCCCUAAUGGCUGUGAAUGCCACUGGGAAUCCAAUUUAUGACCCCAUUGGUUCAAUAGUUGUUGGUAAUUUGCUUGGAAUGGUUGCCAUUUUCUUAAUCCAAAGAAAUCGUCAUGCUUUGAUUGGAAGGGCGAUUGAUGACCAGGAUAUGCAAAAGGUCUUGGAGUUUUUGAAAAAUGACCCGGUUGUAGAUGCAAUUUAUGACUGCAAAAGUGAGGUGAUUGGACCUGGGUUCUUCAGAUUUAAGGCAGAAAUUGAUUUCAAUGGUGUCGUGCUGGUGCAAAAUUACAUUAAUCGUGCUGGGCGUGAACCAUGGGCUAGACAGUUCCGGGAUGCUGCAAAUGGAGAAGAUGACACUGAAUUGCUCAAGGUUAUGUCGAACUAUGGUGAGGAAGUUGUGACUGCUCUUGGAAGUGAAGUAGAUAGGCUGGAAUCUGAGAUCCAGAAGCUUGUUCCAGGAAUUCGGCAUGUUGACAUCGAGGCUCAUAACCCUAUCAUCCCACCUUCUUCUUGAUAUAUUCAGUACUUUCAUCUAAAUGAUUAUUUAGUUUUGGUCACUCUGUCUGAUUUGUAAUUACCCAGAAUUUUGUGAGAGUCUUAACUUGUGUACAUAAUGCACUGGAGAUAUGUGGAUUGAUUGUUUUAAAAGUAGUUUGUUUGAUAAUUCACACUGGUUAAUACUCGUGAGUCGUGGCUGUGGCUGUGGCCGUGGCCGUGGCCGUGAAUGAAGAGCAAUAGGAAGAAUACAAGCUCAAUUUUGUGGUCCUGUGAUUCAAUGAAAGUCUGAAAGUGUUAUGGAAAUUACAAGUUUGAUUGGAGAA